ACCUCAAAAGAAAAGGAGAGACGUAAUGAAAUGUGUCAAUCAGAGCAAACAGUUGGCCGAAACACCAUGAGUUGCGUAUGUUCUCGGAUCUUCCCAAUCUGGCUCCUUCUCUGUCUCACAGUCUGUCCAUGUAGAGGAAUUAAUGUUAAAGUCUUCAGUGGUCAGAACGCCAUUCUACCCUGCAGGUAUGAGGUGAAGAAUCAUGGGAUAUGUGAGAUAUGUUGGAUGAGGGGAGACGUUCCAAAUAUUGGGUGUGGUAGUGAAAUCAUUGCCUCCGAUAAAGAUAAAGUGGUGAGGCAAACGUCGCACAGAUAUCAGCUAGAUGGAGAAUUACAGAAAGGAGAUGCAUCUUUGACAAUCCACAACACCACACUGGAAGACUCCGGAAGAUAUGGCUGCCGUAUACAUGUACCUGGAUGGUUCAAUGAUGAAAAAAUCAUUGUCAACCUGGUCAUAAUUAAAGGACCUGAAGUGUAUUCCUUAUCACCAAGUACAACAGAAAGAUCAGCAUGGUACACGGAACCGACACACGUGAACUCCACUAACACAAGCCACUACUCUAACGCUUCGACUCCAGAGGCUAAUAAAAUUAAAGUACCUAAAGAUGAUAUGCUUCCUGUAACUGUUGUAUCAAUCCUGCUGAUUCUCCUGGCCUUUGGCACUGCUGUUUAUCUGAUAUGGAAGAAAAAAAGAAGAACUAGAUUUUUAGAAACAGACCAGAACUCAAACCCCUCAGCCAUCUACAGCAACUCAGAAGUCAGCGUUGGUCUGUACAGCAGGUCAAUGGCUGUGGAAAACAUCUACCAAUUAGAAACUGAGAGUGAAUAUGAACAAUGGUCAAGAUAAUUCAAAGAACUUAUUGUACAGGAUACUGUACACAGUGGGAGCUUUGGACCGAAAACUAACACCACAACAUAACAUUGAAACAAUUUCUUUAGCCUACAGAUAUUCAAAUGUGGACUGUAGCGUAAUUGUCAUUUGUACAUGUUAAAACUGUAAAUUUGUAAAUGUUACACUAUAAAAGUUAAAGCAAUAAGCAAUAAAUCAACUUCAUUCCAUGAA